AAAGCCUCAUCUUCCCGUGUUAUCUUUCGUAUACGGAUACACAGACACGAGGCCAGACAGACGGGCGCCGUGGCUGACUAAGAUCAAACAUGCAUUUGCCUCGUACCGGCAAAAUCUGCAAUCGUUCCGUUAGCUUCAAUCCAAUUCAAUGCUUGGUGGCUCCAACCACCCUUCACGCCACCUCGUCCACACGAGCUUACAGCGGCCUGUUUGAGUUGUUCUACACAAGGAGAUGAGCCACUGAGCCUGUGAGCUUGAAACAGUCGACCAUGGCAUACCCUCGUGCUCUCAGCACCAUCAGCCGCUGGCAUGGCCUCACCUCUGGCUUGGUCCUGGGCCCUCUCAAAGCGUCCAUGAGCCGCCUCAGUUCCACAAGCGCCCCAGGCCUGCCGUCAGGCGCCUUAUGGAUCACCGCCUUUGAGAAGGCCAUGCAUGACAUUUAUGGUGACCAGUGGAAGGAAAAGCUCACUCGCGACGGGAGACGAUAUGUGCGUGCUAAGGAGAGGGGCCGUGAGAGAAUCAGGAUAUACACAGGCGAAUUAGACACGCCUGUACGGCCUCUCCACCCGGACGGCUAUAACCCUGAUCACUGCCAGUGGCAGAAACGAGUGCAAGAGAUAAAGGCUCGCAUUCUAGUAAAGGGUCGUGAAUUUCGGGUAACACUAGAAGCUACGGCUGAGGCUCAAAAAGCCCAUCCUCAAGAGAUCGAAGAGCUGAAGGCUCUCAAUUUGCCAGAGGGCAAUGGUGGUGGGGUAACACCAGAAGCUGCAGCUGAGGCUCAGAAAGCCCAUUCUCGUUAGUUUUCCCAGGUGCUAGUUUCGGGUCUCUUCUCAAGAUCGGGUUCAAGAUGCCAUAAUACAGGACAACCUUCGAGGUGCCAUCCAUGUCUGCUAGUGGGACUCUCGCCAUUUGGACCUGAACAAAGAGAACAGGUGGGGAAUUGACUGCUCAACAAAGACGACUAUACCGACCGGCUGAGAGGCACCAGCGUCCUUGUGAUGGUCAAUCACAAUGGAUUGUCACAACUGCUCAGCACAAAUAAAGACGAUAAGAAGAGCACAACUGCUCCACUUGCAAGCAUUGUAAGGCAACAUUGAAGGACAUUGCCUUCGUCGUCGUGGCCGCGGUCAUUGAAGUCCUCAAGCAUAUAUAAUGACCAAUAUAAUUAAAUUCUGGCAAUUUCAACUUGCUCUCAUCAUCACUCACGCAUUGCAAAGGCAUCAUUACGCAACAUCUGAGUUCACGCAGUGACAUCGCCAUUUGACCAUCUUCGCACUGCAAUCUCAUCACCUCCACCAUGUCUCAGCAGCAGAACAGCAGAAAUACCAACGACGCCUCCCCAUCUCGGGACAGCGAAACUGCUCAGUCUGACCUGCGCCUCCGGACAGGCUUGCACAUCCGCACCGAGCCUCAUGAGUCCGCCAGCGAAAGGUUUCCCGCCUCCGAGGGUGAGUUUGGUGACGGUAGCAGCGAAACUGCUGGCAGCAUACCCUCAACCCUUCGAUACAGGCCUCGCCCGUCUCCAGUCAAUGAGUCUCCCAACUCUGCUGGCAGCAUACCCUCAACCCUUCGAUACAGGCCUCGCCCAUCUCCAGUCAAUGAGAGCCCUACCUCCGGCGGCGGAAACCUGCAGCCCGCCAGCCCCCAGGACUCCGUGCCAACUUCAUCUGGCGGCAGCCUGCCUUCGUUUCUCCGGCACACGUAUAUCUCACCGGAAGACCUCCCACCCCCGGAUACCAUGCGCGCCGUCGCCCAGGCCUUUGGCUUCGCGGUCGGCACUUCGACCCCGAGCUCACCCUCCCCCGCGGCUGCUGAGGAGCGCCGGAGGGACUACUGGCGCACGAGGUCGUUGAGCUGUCCACAACCGCUGGACUGUGAGCUCUGGAGUUCGCAAAUGUACGCUGAUCACAACCCGAACAGGAACUGGGAUGAAUACUGUGACUUUGCUGAAUACUGUCAAUUUGUGCAGGUUCUACGUGAGAGCAGGUCCCACCGCCUGGAGACGUCCCACGCCCCGAGGGAGCCCCGUAGCCAGCCUGGAUCGUAUAGCCCGGCCCAAGGGUUCGGCCCAUUCCGCGUCGGUAUUUUCCAUAGCCCGGGCCGGUGUAGCACGUCGUCCACGAACAGCCCGCCGCCGCCCAACUCUCCAGUCCCGCCUCCAGACCAGCAGCCUGAGCAGCCUGAGCAGCCUGAGCCUCGUCGAUUCAUGCAAAUGCUUCUCUCGCGGAUUCUGGCCCUUGAGGACCCUGAGGAUUCUGAGUAA